AUGGAAAUGCCAAAAGAAUUAAAGGACAAAGCCAAAGGAAGAUAAGCUUAUAAAUACCAAGACAGAACAAUUUAUGAAUGGGAAUAAACAAUUGAUGAAGUUCAUAUAUACAUAUAACCUCCUAAGUUUUUGAUACCAAAAUAUAAGGAAGAAUUUAGAAAAUAAUUACAGCCAGGUGAGAAAUUGCCCGAGUUAGAGAUAAAAUUUAAAACUAAUCAUCUUGAUGUUGGAAUAAAAGGGAAUCCUCCCUUUCUAAAUGAAGAUCUUGGAGGGCAAAUCAAAUCAUCAGAAUCAUAUUGGAUGAUUGAGGAUGAUGAGCUUCACAUUCAAUUACAAAAAAUGUAUAAAGCAGAAACAUGGUCUUGCGCUGUCAAAGGUCAUGCCGCUCUUGACCCGCUUACUCAAAAUGAGGUGCAAAAAAGUAUAUUAUUAGAAAGGUUUCAAGAGGAAAACCCAGGCUUUGAUUUUUCAGGCGCAGAAGUAAAUGGUAUGGUACCUGAUCCAAGAAACUUUAUGGGUGGAGUUAGAUAUACAUGA